AUGCUCGUUUCUAGGCAUUCUGAUACUGAGCAGAGUCAUUGGUCCUUCAGCAAGUUCGAGACCACUUACCAGAAGCCGACUAGCUCACCACGUAUGUCGAACCACUUCGACGCCCCAUUGUCAACGCAGCCGGACUGGCAGGGGCAGUACUCGUACCUGCCCCCCAGCGAAAACAACAUCUUUUCCCAGUCAUUUGAGUCUGGCAAUGACAACGCUGAGGCUUCCCAGGCUCGCGCCACCACCAAUGGCAACGCCAUAGGCCCGGUGGACAUCAACUCGAAGGAAAGUUCGACACCCGGCCUCGACCACAGACGCGCUAUUGAUCCCCUGGGCCUGCGCUCCGCGAAGACUUCUACGCCUGUAACCGACCAGCAGGAGGUUCCGCAGCAAGACCAGUACGGCCAGAAGCCCUCAGAAUCCGCCCCAGAAGAGUCGCUCGUAUCGACUGAGACACCGGGCCUCACGAUGGCCAUCAACCCUCUCACAACGGUCUCCUCCGCCGGCCAAGGAGCCGAGGCGCAGGCCCCACAACCUAUGGAGGCUUCAGGCCAUAAAGAAGAUGAGGAUGAAGCGAUUGAUGAUGAUGACAUGGGCGGUGCGGAAGGUGGCGAGAGCCAACCACAAACAGCUGCUGAGAGGACGGCUCAAAGGAGGAAAAUGAAGCGUUUCAGGCUUACACACCAGCAAACCCGCUUUCUGAUGAGCGAAUUUGCAAAGCAACCCCAUCCGGACGCUGCCCACCGAGAGAGGUUGUCUCGCGAAAUUCCGGGCCUCAGCCCUCGCCAAGUGCAAGUCUGGUUCCAGAACCGGCGUGCCAAGAUCAAGCGCUUGACAGCCGACGACCGAGACCGUAUGAUGAAGAUGCGGGCGGUUCCGGACGACUUCGACAACGUGGGUGCCCUUCAUUCACCGUACGGAGCCGUUCACGGUCUCGGAACCCCUAUUACUUCUCCUGUUGAUUUCACGACACCUUCCUACACCGAUCACAUGAUGCGAGGCCCGCUGAUGGUGGAUGUGCGACGAGCUGAAGGCGAAGACCAUAUGUCUCCGACAGGUCUUAGCCCUGCUUUUGGUAACAUCGGCUUCAGCGCUUCUGGCACUAUUAGCAACCCAGACAUUCUAUCGCCUCUUUCACCGACGCCUAACGACCGGUACGGGUAUCCCUUGAGCGGGGGGCCAAGGACUUCGAACCCUUACGGAAGACACAAUAGUCUCGAUACCUCGACGAUGCAGAUGCAAAACCGGCAAGGCAUCCGUCCUCUGCAGCCUCUCCAGCUCAGAGAGACCAUGUCUAGGUCGAGGUCCGAUAAUCUCCAGUCCCCCCUACGAUCAAGCAUGUCUUGGAAGGGCGACUCCAUUGAUUACAGCUCCUAUCAGAACCAGCACAACAGCCAAAGCAGGUCUGUGUAUCCGCAGGACCAAAUGAGUGGUACCUCUAGCAGCAUGGGCUAUGAUUCUACCUACUCCACCACAACUGUUCAGUCCCCGACUGCUAUGAGCUACUCCAACGUGCAGUCCAACCCUCAAAGCCGCAAUUCGCGUCUACGAGCGGCGUCUGCUACUCUGCCACUAGGGCUCGACCUUCGUAACCAAUACCGACCCGUGGGCAGCACUCUCCAAUCUCCCGGCGCAUCCACCACGCCUCGGGGAACUACUUCUUCGCAGUAUGGAUCGAACAGUUACACGGCAAGCUUUCCAUCCGCACCUCUGACAGCCCCUAUCGACUUUUCCCUCCCGAGAAGCAACGGCAGCAUGAGAUCUGGUGUGCAAGACUACUCGAUGCCCCAAUUGAGUGCCCCUAUUACCGCCCCUACCGACUUCUCGCAGGCUUUCCAAGCAAGUAUGGCGAGUCCCACAACCAGAACGCCAAUGAGGGACUCAUUUGGCAUCGGCCAUGGACAAGGCCAAGACCAGCGUGGCAGCGACGGGUAUGGUAACGACGACAUUGGCACCACCUCGCUCGCUAGGAAGCGAAGCUUCACUGGUGUCCAGGGAGGGCCAGCUGCCCCAUCGACGGGGACGGCCCCACAGCAUGUAUACGGCAGCACGACUUGA